AAUCCCUGACCAACCCCGGCUAUUAUCGUUUGGCCCGCUACAUACGAGGUGAUACCUAUUUGGAUUCGAAUCGUUUGGGUGGAAACUCUCCCUCUUCGCAUCCGGCUGCCACAGGCCGCAGAAUAUCCCACAUUCCAAUGUACCGAGCCGAUAUGUCAAUGGGUGCCGGACAAUUGUAUCCACCAAUUGAUAUACCCAAUUUCAAUUUACCCUCCACGGCACGCAGUUUCGAUGACACCCCCUCGACAUCAAGUGAAGAAUUGGAAUCGAAACAAACUUUGGAAGGCGAUGGAGAUUUGAAAUAUGAAGAUGUCUAUUUGCCCACCAUUCACAUUCGCCCAUUGGAGGAUGAUCUCGAAUUGGAGUUGCACACCGAUGGUCUGAUUGAUGGUGAAGCUAAGGCCCUACUCAGCGAUGGCAUUGAACGUUGUGCUCCCGGCAAGAGGCGGGAUAGUUAUGGAGUAUGCCGUGAAAUUGAGGGAUACUAAAAGG